CUCAUUUUCUCGGUGUUCAAGACCCUCACGGACCAGCGCGUCACGGUCGAGCUCAAGAACGAUCUGUCCAUCACCGGGACACUCAAAUCGGUGGACCAGUUCUUGAAUAUCCGUCUGGAUAACAUAAAAGUGCUGGACGAGGCGCGGUAUCCGCACAUGAUGGCGGUGCGUAACUGCUUCAUCCGGGGAUCGGUGGUGCGGUACGUCCAGAUACCCGCGGAGCAUGUGGACGUGCAGCUGCUGGAGGACGCUACCAGGCGUGGU